AUGGGAUUGAGGGAUUUGAAAAAUGCAUUCAAACGUAUGGACAUUCGCCAUGGUCAAGAUGUUUUGUCUAAUAAAGAAGGGUCUUUGCUGAAUCAGCAACAGCAACCUAAACAACACAGCCUGGCUAUCAGCAGUGAAGAUAUAUUCAAUCAUCCAAUUGCAACCGGCGAACCACCACAACUCUUCAAAAGGAAGAACCAUGAGCUAAUACCUCAAGGAUGUACAUUGGACCAACCAAUUCAAACCAACAAUUUUUCCAACAACCUUACAUUGGAGGACCAAACGUUUCCCAUUUGGACACUUCCAUAUUCUUUAUGGUUAACAAAAGACCCCGGACAAGAUUUUGGCUUGGCAUUGAAUCACACUGAUGCAAAUCAACGAGUUUUUGGCCCUGAACCAGAUGCCAAAGUUGCGCAGUUCUACUUUAACCCACCAAGAAUCAAGUCUUUUGUUCUUUCCGGUGAAGGCUUUGACAAUGUAAAAAUGACGUUACAUGAUCACAGGAAGAUGUCUGUGACUGCCAGGCUUGAAACACAACAAGGGUGUGUUGAGAUUCCAUUGAUACAAGGGAUGGGUUUCAUCACUGCCAUCUACGAUAAAAUUAGACCAGUUCUUGCUUCACAAGUGGGUUGCCAAGACUUUAAAAAAGUUGGUCAAAUUGAUGGGCUUCAAAAAUACCAAGCCAAAUUAUUCAAUCAAGUUGUUUGGUCAAUCUAUAGUGAUAUUGAGUUGAAUUUAGCGGACCCAAAUCAUAUAGUUGGACAAGGUUCUGGUACAAUACAAAUAUGCCGUGGAGACUCCCCUCAUUAUGACAACGCGGUGGGUUGCUACCCUACAAGUGCAGAUAUAUCUGGUGCAGUGAAUGGAAAUGUGGGUGAAUACAGGAUCAAGUACGACAUCAAAGGCAGAUCGAGAUCCGGUAACACUAUCGUCUGGGCAUUGCCACAUCACCAAGAAGUAGUAAUCUCGGGUGGUGAGACUGAUUUGCAGCUAGACUCCACCACAAAAGGUGUCAUGAAGGCAUACAAGACUAAUGAGUUGGUUAUGCAGGAGCAAAAUUUACCAGUGGAUGUGUUGUGGGAUCCAUGGACGACUUUUGCAACAAAGGCGCAAUUUUCCGACUCCACGUUACAAUUGAUCCGCCAAGCAGCUACUGAAGAAGUGAAACAAGAUGUUGUUGGAAUGGCCAAUAUCGAUUCCAUGUACACCUCAGGAAAAAUCUUGGACAAGUUUGCCUACAUUGCCCAUGUUUGCCACUUUAUCUUGAAAGAUGAAGGGCUCACAAAUGAAAUACUUCCUAAGGUUAAACAAGCUAUUGAGAUUUUUGCAAAGAAUCAACAAAAAUUUCCCUUGGUUUAUGACACCACUUGGAAAGGGAUUAUUUCAUCAGCUGAACCGGGAGCAGAUUUCGGAAAUUCAAACUACAACGAUCACCAUUUCCACUAUGGGUACCACAUACACGCCAUUGCGUUGAUUGCCCACAUUGACGGAGGAUGGUUGCAUGCAAACAACAACCUCGUGUAUGAUUAUGCUAUUGCUCUUCUUAGAGAUGUCGCUAGUCCCAGAGCGGACGAGUAUUUCCCCCAAUCUAGAUCCUUUUGUUGGUACCAUGGACAUUCCUUUGCACACGGGAUUUUUGCUUCUGGUGACGGUAAAGAUGAAGAGUCAUCAAGUGAAGACUACCAUUUUGCUUAUGGAAUGAAAUUGUUUGCCAAUGUCGUUCAAGAUCAGGCGAUGGAGAGCAGAGCCAACUUGAUGCUUGCCAUAAUGAGAAGGUCAAUGAAUAUGUACAUGCUUUAUUCGGACGACAACAGGAUUGAGCCGGCCAAGUUCAUCCCUAACAAGGUGGCUGGAAUUUCAUUUGAGAAUAAGAUUGACUAUGCCACCUAUUUCGGUAGAGGAACUAUUGCAGAUGAAUGGAUUCAUGGUAUACAUAUGCUACCAACAACACCCAUUUCUGGAUAUAUACGUGGGCCAAAGUUUGUUAAAGAAGAGUGGGAUCAAAAAUUGGCCCCCAUCAUUGAUAAAAUUCCCGAUGGUUGGAAAGGUAUCUUGAUGUUGAAUAAAGCAUUGUAUGAUCCAAAGAGCUCAUAUGAGUGGUUUGCACGAAAGGAUUGGGACCCAGCCCAAAUUGACAACGGAAUGUCCAGAACUUGGUCGUUAGCUUAUACAGGUGGUAUCUCAAGCUAG